AUGCCGGGCAACCCGUUCAGACGAAGGCCCCUUCGAGAUUCUAAUAUAUUUUCGCAGUAUUAUCGCGACACGGAACGUCGACUUGAUGCGAGAUACCUCACCCUCAAUGAGGUGGUGUCGAGUCAGGUCAAUCUCUCCCAGACAUUAGCCACUGUCAUUUUCACCGAUUCACUCGUUUAUCGUCAUUUCGAUCCCUGCCGACUUUCUGUCCGACUUUUGUGUUUGUUAAAAGUCACCGCUGGUGACUACCAUGACUUCAACAUGAGAUCGCACGAUUGGAUGAACAACGAGGAUGUCGACAAUGCGGCCUGGGCAGCUACUAGAGGCGGUCUCGUCGGCGCAGCGAAAUGGGGAGCCCUUUUCGCAGUGCUUGGAGGGAUUGGGCAUGUCUAUUCGCCCUUGUAUAGGGGAUUGACAAUUCAAUUCAAAAUAUAUAUUCAGAGCUCCGCCAUGAUUGUGGGCGGAGUAGUCGAGGCUGAUUACCGGCUUCGGGAGUAUGAGGCUCAUAUGCGGAUGCAAAGGCGCAUCCUGAAGGAAAGGGCCAAAUGGCAACGGUACGAACAGGAGUUCUUGGAAUCUAAGGACGGGGGAGAAAAAAGAAGUUCGUACAUUUACCCCAUCAUACCUUGA